AAAAUCUUACUUGCUGGAAUAUGGGAAUGAAAUUUUCAGAGUAUAUUAGGUAUAUUUUUUUCUUUUUUGUGCAAUAAUCUUUCGCUUGCGAUUACUAUGGACCAGGGAUGCCAUAAAUUCCCUUCACUAAAGUUAUGUGCAAUUGCAAACGUAAACAUUACAGAUUUUUAUAAGAGUUUCGCCUCUUUGAAAUUGCACUCUGUGUUUUCCUCGUGCUCGUGAUCUUAUCAUCCAGGAAUGGUUGAUGUUUGUCCGAGGAAUAUCUCAAUUUCGUUGAAGUUAUCUUUGUUUUCUCUAUAUGAGCGCAUCUUGUAGCAGCAUAUGAUCCAUUAUUUAUUCCUGCGAUACUUAAAUUGUUAGUAAUAUGGCUGUCAGACCGUUUUUAUACUUAGGCGAUAGCGUAUGCAAAUGCGUCUUCAGCACUCUGCAUCGCAAACCAAAAUUGCGUACGGAUGAGAUAUACAGACAGACUAGAAAUUUUAAAAAGUUGAGAGGCAGAACGAGAGUAUCGGAAGAGUCCUUUACGAAGGAUUACGUCGAAAGAGGACCCUUACAUUUUUCUAAAAUGUUAAAACCAUUCGCUUUUACAGUUGUGUUUAGUGGAACGACAUUCGUCGCAGCUGCCAUUUGGGAAUACGAGCGUAUCAGAGAAAGAACCUACAGGAUCAUUAACCACUAUAACCCGUUGAAAAUACGCCGAACAGGAUGGAGACACGAUAUGGAAAUUUGGUGGAAAAAUUUAGCGGAGGGAAGAAAGAUAUUUAUGUCUAUAUGUUUCCUAAACGUCAUGGUGUUUCUUGCGUGGCGUCUCCCAGUAUUCCAGAAGACAAUGGUACAAUAUUUCUGCACUAAUCCUGCUUCCCGUGCGGUAUGUUGGCCGAUGCUGUUGUCGUCGUUCUCCCAUUACUCGUUCCUACACUUAGCUGCCAAUAUGUACGCGUUGCACAGUUUCAGUUCUCUGGCUGUCGCAGCGUUGGGUAAAGAACAAUUUCUGGCACUUUAUCUGACUUGCGGCGUGGUGUCUAGCUUCGCCAGUAAUUUAUUCAAAGUUACGUUUGGUUUGCAAGGCCUUUCCCUGGGAGCCUCUGGAGCAGUGAUGGGUGUCUUUGGAUUUAUAUGUACUCAGUUUCCGGAUACGUAUUUUUCCAUCAUUUUCCUUCCCAUGUACAAAUUCACAGCGGGCAUGGCACUGAAAGCAAUAAUGAGCCUGGAUAUCUUGGGAUGCCUUUUGCGCUGGCAAUAUUUCGAUCAUGCUGGCCACUUGGGUGGAGUGUUAUUUGGAAUGUUUUGGCAAGCAUGGGGUAACGCUAACAUAUGGCAAAAACGUGAACCGAUUUUAACGCUUUGGCACGAAUUGCGCGGACCACCUGGGUCUCGUUGAUGUCUCGCUGUGAAAUUAAUGUCCACGCGCUACGAUCGUUUCGACCGACAACUGUAAAAAUUGUAUACAUAAACGAUGCGCAGAAUUAUUUAUACAUUUA